CAGAGUAAACUUCAGUCCUUAAGCAACAAUAAUAUCAUCACAAUAACAAGAAGGAAAGAUUAAGCAGAUGGGCAGAGCUCCUUGCUGCGAGAAAGCAGGGCUGAACAGAGGCCCAUGGACGCCGGAAGAAGACCAGAUCCUCAUCUCCUACAUUCAGAAUCACGGCCACAGCAACUGGCGCGCUCUCCCUAAGCUUGCCGGGCUUUUGAGGUGUGGGAAGAGCUGCCGCCUGCGGUGGAUAAACUACCUGAAGCCGGACAUCAAAAGAGGCCAUUUCACCAGAGAAGAAGAAGACGCCAUCAUCAAACUCCACGAAUCGCUCGGAAACCGGUGGUCGGCGAUUGCGGCGAAACUGCCCGGAAGAACGGACAACGAAAUUAAAAACGUCUGGCACACCCAUUUGAAGAAGAGAUUGCAGCGCAAGAAGAAUGACGGAGGAAACUCGCCGCAGCAAUCCACAUCCUCAUCGGAGAGCCAGAGCUCCGCACCUCUGUCGCCUCAGCCGUCGAUCAGCGCUGGCGGUGCUGUUUCAUCCGUAACCGAGAACAGGAUCUCCGCCUCCGAGGCGUGGAGCUACGGGGUAACGCCGUCGCCGACGUCGCCGGAGGAGCUACCAUUGAUUGACGAGAGCUUUUGGUCGGAGGCGGCGGAGUCAGGGGAAUUGACGAAUUAUUCGUCGGACUUUUCAGGGGAACACUUGCAAUUUGAUACCCAAGUUGAUUCCUUGGACUUUUCGGUCAUCGAUUCUUCUGUCCCACUGAUGGACGGCGGGUUUGUUCCGUGUAUUGACGGCGCCAUGGAUUUUUGGUAUGAUCUGUUCGUCCAAGCCGGGGGAAUUGAAGGAUUCCCGGAGUUGCAGGGACAUAGAAGGAACAGUACAUAAUAAGAUCCGAGUAAACUAGUUUGUGGAGCAAGGCGGAUUCCACUAUGUAGAUUAUUAUGACUUUCUUGGAUACUAAACAGAGUUUUGUAAAGUUGGAAGACGUUCUGGUUAGAUCAGCAUAGUAGUUUGUUUUUUUCUCUGAUACUGGAUCAAAAGAUUGCGACAGAUCAUGAACAAAGAAUUGAGAAAAAAAUUCACCAUGUUUCUGUGCUGUUUUUCUCUUUACUGCCGCUGAAGAUUUCUGCCCUUGAUUACAAAAAUCUCAGUGUCGCACAACGGAUUCUUUGAAAGUUUCUCCCCCCAAAAUUAUGUCAAGAUAGAUAGUAUAUUGUUGACAAGUUGGGCUUGGUCGAGUUCAAGCUGGAAGUCGUUCCAAUGAAAAACAAACUUAUAU